CACAUGUGAGUCAGAAGCGCAGGCCACAGCGCAAAUCCGAGAAACCUCCGUCGCGUCACUCAUCACUCAUUUCGCCUUCACUGCACGACUAUACUUCUCGAAAUCGGAGUCGCCUCUGUAAACAUACAAUUUCACGAACAGGUGCUCAAAGCGAAAUUCAUCGGUCGUCUCGUUCAACAUGGCGGAAUCAAAGAAGGGAACGGGGGAUAAUCCCCUGGGCCAAUACAAAUACACCAAUAUGUCCAACCUGGUUUUGCAGGCAGACCGAAGGUUUGUGUCACGUCGUGGCGACGAAGACACCGGUGACCCAGAAUCCCUGGCUGGUCGCAUCAACCUUGCGGACAUGGGAUCCAGGAACGCGCGCGAAGCUGCGCCAGUGCAACAAGCAAGUCAAGAGCAAGCACGAAAGAGGAAGAGGACGGAGACGGCAAAAGGUGGCCGCAAAUCGGGGAUACUAAGUCAAACAGAUCUCAACAUCGAAGGAUUAAGAUACCGUCCACGAACGGCAGCGACCAAAGACGUUUACGAUUUAAUAGCUACCAAUGUUGCUCAGAAAAUGGGAGGCGAUUACGGCCUCGAGAUCACAGCUUCCGCCACGGAUUCUAUCCUGGAGUUUCUCAAAACUGAGAGUAUCAAAGAUUACGAUAAGAAGAAAGAGAUUGAUGAUAUCCUUGGAAUACAAUUGUCCAGUCAGGAGUUCAAUCAGCUUGUCAACUUGGGGAAGAAGAUCACGGACUACGAGGCUCAAGAUGAAGAUGAAGACAUGCGUGAUGGGGAUGAUGACAACGGAGAUGGGCUCGACGAACGAGAAGGAGUUGCCGUCGAUUUUGGCGCUGAUGACGAGGAUGAAGACGAGGAUGGAGCUCGCAACUUUGAGGUUCGGGACGACGGUGGGGAGUCAGACGAUGAGCUGAGGGUGGGGGAAGAGGAUGCCGCUGAAGUUUCCGGCGACCAACCAGAGAACGUCAAUGACGACGGAGAUGAUGAAAUGGUCCUGGAGAACAAGCCGGAACGUAAUGAUGGCGGAAGCCAAGAUGAGGAUUCAAUUCCUGCACACGAAAUUGACGCAUAUUGGCUGCAAAGACAAAUUGGACACAUAUACGAAGACGCCCAUACCCGGACGGAGAAGACUCGCGAAGCAGAAAUGAUCAUGACAAGCGCCAUACCCGAAGCCGAAGAGAAAUCACUAAGAGAGGUCGAAAAUGACCUCAUGGAGCUGUUUGACUACGAGCACCAUGAGUUGGUCGGCAAGCUGGUGAAGAACCGUGACAAGAUUGUGUGGGUAACGCGAUGGCGAAGAGUUGCUGAGAGUGAGUCCGAGCGCGUAGCUCUUGAGAAGGAUAUGAUUAAUGCUGGUCAUGCUCGUAUUCUGAAAGAGCUGCGUGGGCGUGCUGAGCCGACUACAAAAUCAUCAAAGAUCGCUGUCAAUCUUGACACGAAAACCCUCGAUACACGAAUGCAGAUCAAAGAAGAGGACGACGUCAAGAAGGAUAGUCUAGUAGGCGGCAUGCAACCCCGCAAGACCCUCAAUAUCGAAGAUCUCAAGUUUGAUCAAGGCAAUCAUUUGAUGACCAACCAAAAUGUCAGACUCCCGCAAGGAUCGAAAAAACUUACCUUCAAAGGUUACGAGGAGAUUCACGUUCCAGCGCCAGAGCGCAGACAGAGGGUUAACGAGAGGCCAUUGAUAGCCACAUCUCAGCUGCCAACAUGGGCGCAGAUAGGUUUUGGCAAAUCUGCGCAGCUCAAUCGUAUUCAGACUGAAUGCUAUGACUCUGCGUUUGAAGACGAUGGCAAUAUGCUCAUUUGCGCGCCGACAGGAUCCGGAAAGACCAAUGUCGCCAUGCUGGCCAUGCUCCGAGAGAUCGGCAAGCACCGGGAUCCGGUCACAGGGGCACUCAACCUGGACGAGUUUAAAAUCAUUUUCAUCGCGCCACUGAAAGCUCUGGUUCAAGAACAAGUCGGUAAUUUUGGCGCACGUCUGCGAGAAUACGGCAUCAAUGUUGCCGAGUUGACUGGAGACCGGCAGCUCACUAAACAGCAGAUAGCAGAAACGCAGGUCAUUGUAACUACGCCUGAGAAAUGGGACGUCAUCACACGCAAGGCGACCGAUACAAGCUACACAAAUCUAGUGCGACUCAUAUGCAUAGAUGAGAUCCAUUUACUCCACGAUGACCGCGGACCCGUGCUUGAGAGCAUCGUCGCACGCACCAUUCGCCGGAUGGAGCAAACGGGGGACCCCGUUCGAAUUGUCGGUCUUUCUGCUACUCUUCCAAAUUACAAGGAUGUCGCUACUUUCCUUCGGGUUGAUCCUGAGAAGGACCUAUACCACUUCGAUGGAACUUUCCGGCCAUGUCCUCUCAAACAGGAAUUCGUUGGUGUCACAGACAAAAAGGCAAUCAAACAACUCAAGAUCAUGAACGAUGUCUGCUACACCAAAGUCAUGGACCAUGUUGGCAAAAAUGGGACGCAAAUGCUCAUAUUUGUGCAUUCGAGAAAGGAGACGGCGAAGACCGCCAAAUACAUUCGCGAUAAAGCUCUCGAACUCGAGACGUUGUCACAAAUCUUACGAACCGACGCGUCUGUGCAAGAAAUGCUGCGUGAAGAAUCUGGCCAGGCAGCCAACGCCGAUCUUAAAGAUUUGCUCCCGUACGGUUUUGGCAUUCAUCAUGCUGGUAUGAGCAGAGACGACAGGACUGUCGUCGAGGAUCUGUUUGCAGAAGGUGCCAUUCGCGUUCUCGUCGCCACUGCAACCCUUGCAUGGGGUGUCAACCUGCCAGCUCACACCGUGAUCAUCAAGGGCACCCAGAUAUACUCUCCGGAAAAAGGUGCAUGGGUCGAGCUGAGCCCACAGGAUGUUCUGCAGAUGUUGGGACGUGCUGGUCGGCCUCAAUUUGACACCUAUGGCGAGGGUAUCAUCAUCACAACGCAGCGAGAAAUGCAGUACUACCUGUCCUUGUUGAACCAACAGUUGCCGAUCGAGUCUCAAUUCAUUUCUAAGCUUGCCGACAACCUCAAUGCUGAGAUCGUCUUGGGGAACAUUCGAUCACGCGAUGAUGGAGUGGAGUGGCUCGGAUAUACAUAUCUCUUUGUGAGAAUGCUGCGAUCACCGGCUCUCUACCAAGUGGGCGCUGAUUACGACGAAGACGAGACGCUCGAGCAGCGGCGUGUUGACCUCAUUCAUUCUGCUGCUGCCGUCCUCGAGAAGGCGAGUCUGGUCAAAUACGACAAGAAGACCGGCCGCUUGCAGUCUACCGAUCUAGGGCGAAUCGCGAGUCACUACUACAUCACUCACAACAGCAUGCUGACAUAUAAUAUUCACAUUCAACCAUCAGUUAGCCCGAUUGAGCUCUUCCGAGUUUUUUCUCUCAGCGACGAGUUCAAAUACAUUCCGGUACGACAGGACGAGAAGCUGGAGCUUGCAAAACUUCUAGGGCGCGUCCCAAUCCCCGUCAAGGAAUCCGUGGAUGAACCGCAUUGCAAAAUCAACGUCUUAUUACAGGCAUAUGUCAGCAGACUCAAACUCGAUGGUCUCGCCCUCAUGGCGGAUUUGGUAUACGUCACACAAUCUGCAGGUCGUAUCCUCCGAGCCAUGUACGAGAUCGCACUCAAGAAAGGCUGGGCAGGCGUUGCGAAAGAUGCCCUGAAUCUUUGCAAGAUGGCAGAAAAGCGAAUGUGGCCCACCAUGACACCUCUGCGCCAGUUUUCCGAAUGUUCUCCAGAAAUCAUCAAGAAAGCCGAAAGAAUCGACAUUCCGUGGUCAAGCUACUUUGAUCUAGACCCGCCUCGUAUGGGUGAGUUGCUCGGCCUGGCUAAGCAGGGCCGACAGGUUUGCAGUAUGAUUGCCAAAUUCCCCCGACUAGAUCUUCAAGCAACCUGCCAGCCUAUCACGAGAAGCAUGCUCCGUGUCGCACUCACCAUCACGCCUAACUUCGAGUGGGACGACCAGCUGCAUGGUCGUGCUGAGAGCUGGUGGAUUCUAGUCGAGGACUGUGACGGUGAUGAAAUUCUCUUCCACGACCAAUUUUUACUUCGCAAAGAAUUUGCAACAAAUGAGGACCCCGAACAGAAUGAACACCUCAUCGAAUUUACAGUCGCCAUCACGGAGCCGAUGCCUCCUAAUUACUUCAUCACUCUCGUCAGCGACCGAUGGAUGCAUGCUGAAAGCAAGCUGACUCUAUCGUUUCAGAAAUUAGUGUUGCCCGAGAAAUUUCCUGCACACACGCCUAUACUGGAUUUGCAGCCGUUACCGGUUCAGGCAUUAAAGACCCCCGAAUUCGUGGACCUGUUCAGUGACUGGUCACAAUUCAACAAGAUUCAGACACAGACUUUCCAGGCCUUGUAUCAAUCUGACGAUAGUGUUUUGGUGGGCGCCCCGACGAGCAGCGGGAAGACCGUCUGUGCUGAAUUCGCUAUUCUCCGCCAUUUCUCGAGGUCGGCUGAGAAAAAAGCUGUUUAUCUUGCACCGUUCCAAGAGCAAAUUGACGCACGUUUCAAGGUCUGGCAAUCCAGGCUCGGUCCCGUUGCUGGUGGAAAGCAGAUCGUCAAGCUCACUGGAGAAACCGCAGCUGAUCUCAAGUUACUCGAAAGAGGCGACCUCAUUCUAGCAACGCCGGCUCAGUGGGAUGUCAUGUCCAGACAGUGGCAGCGAAGGAAGAACGUCCAAAAUGUUGGGUUAAUCGUUGCUGAUGACCUUCACAUGCUUGGUAACCACAUGGGCUUUGUCUACGAGCUUGUCAUAUCUCGCUCUCAGGCGAUCAAGGCACAACUGGAAAACGAGCUUCGGCUGGUGGGAUUGAGCGUGUCGCUUUCAAACGCUCGUGAUGUUGGCGAAUGGAUCGGUUGCACCAAACACACCAUCUUCAACUUCAGUCCCAAUGUCCGGCCAAUACAGUUGAAUUUGCACCUGCAGACUUUCAACAUCCCCCAUUUUCCCUCGCUCAUGCUUGCAAUGGUAAAGCCGACUUACCAGAACAUUCUUUUGUACGCAGCUGAGAAGCCGACAAUGGUAUUCGUGCCCAGCCGCAAACAGGUCCGAGCGACAGCGCAAGAUCUUCUUGCUGCAUGCGUUGCCGACAAUGAUGAAGAUCGAUUCCUUAUGGCCGAUGCUUCUCAAUUGCAACCAAUCCUUGCAAGAGUCAAAGAGCGUGGCCUGGCCAGCUCCCUAGCCCAUGGGAUUGCCUAUUUUCAUGAAGCACUUGCAGAAUCAGACAAGCGCAUCGUGGAAUCCUUGUUCUCUCAAGGUGCAGUACAGGUCAUGCUCGUCUCUCGAGACUGUUGCUUUGAGGUGCAAAGCGUUGCACAUCUGGUCAUCGUAAUGGGCACACAGUACUUCGAUGGCAGACAGCACCGGUACAUCGAUUACCAAAUCAGUGAAGUGCUACAAAUGUUUGGCAAAGCCGGACGACCACUGGAGGACAAAGAUUCACGUGGUGUCUUGAUGUGCCCAGAUGUAAAACGCAACUUCUACAAGAAGUUCCUCGGGGAAGCACUGCCAAUCGAGAGCCAGCUUCAAUCGUAUCUCCAUGACGCGUUCGUUACAGACAUCAGCACGAAGAUCAUCACCUCGACGCAAGAUGCAGUAGACUGGACGACCUACACAUUUUGGUACCGACGGCUGCUAGCCAAUCCAAGCUUUUAUGGACUUAUAGAUACCUCGCAUGAAGGUCUGAGCUCAUAUCUGUCUGAGCAAGUCGAGAACACCUUAAAGGAAUUGGCUGAAGGCAAGCUCAUUGAGCUUGAUGAGGACGACGAUUCGAUCGAGCCUCUCAAUUCAGCGAUGAUCGCCUCUUACUACAAUAUUGCAUACUACACGAUGCAGACUCUCAUGCUUUCUCUCAAAAAGAGCACUAAGCUUAAGGGAAUUCUGGAGAUUGUGACUGCGGCGUCCGAAUUCGAGGAUAUACAGCUACGUCGUCAUGAAGAUGCUAUCUUGCAACGCAUCUAUGAUCGAGUGCCAGUGAAGCUCGCGCAGCCGAACUUCCAAUCGCCAUAUUUUAAGGCCUUCAUUCUGCUUCAGGCUCAGUUCUCACGAAUGCAGCUUCCUCCUGACUUGGCUCGCGACCAAGAAGUCAUCCUGCGCAAGAUACCAAAUAUUCUUAGCGCUUGCGUGGAUGUUCUAUCAUCUGAAGGGCAUCUCAACGCCAUGAGCGCGAUGGAGAUCAGUCAAAUGACAGUUCAGGCUCUGUGGGAUCGCGACUCACCCUUGAAGCAGAUUCCUCAUUGUGACGAUCGGGUCGUUGGCGUUUGCAACCAAUUUGGCAUCGAGAAUGUAAUUGGUUUCCAAAAUGCUAUGGACCCCGACGAAUUCCCUCAACAUGCGGAUCUCAUGAAAGCUCUCUCAUUUUCAAAUUCACAGCUUGCCGAUGUCGCCAACUUCGUCAACGAUCGCUACCCCGAUCUCGAGCUGGACUUCACCAUCGAGGACCCCGAGAACAUUGUCACGGGCAGUCCCAGCUAUCUCAAUGUUACAGUCACGCGACCGACCGACGACGAAGACGAAGAUGCGCAGCCAAACCCAUCCGUGCAUGCCCCUUUCUUCCCUGCGGAGAAGACUGAAAAUUGGUGGCUUGUAAUUGGCGAAACGAGCACACGUACACUUCUUGCCAUCAAGAAGUUCACCAUUGCGCGAGUCCAGAACGUGAAGCUGGAAUUCGUGUUGGAAAAGCCAGGCAAACAUGAACUCACCCUAUUCCUGAUGAGCGAUUCUUACAUUGGUGUUGAUCAAGCACCACCGUUCGAAGUUGAUGCAGCAGAAGGCGAAGACGAGGAGGAUGAGGAUGAAGAUGAGGAAUAGACCUUGUGGGAGUCAAGGAUUAAUUUGAGAUCUCAGCGGGAAUCAUGACCGAUCCUGAUUGUUCCAUAAUGACAGCACUGUACCAAUUAUACUUCAAAUCGUCCUUCUUCUCAUCGUGCAAUCAUCGUCUAUGUAGAUAUUUCGCAUUAAAUCUCAUUGAUUGACUCUCGCUUGGAAGACUGCUGUAGUCAUCACUAGAUCUGGCAUGUAAUUUAGUCUUCGUCCAUGCUUUCCCAACCACCCUCGCCACCAUGCUCCUCUGCCUCAGCUUCCUCAUCCUCAAUCUCGUUGUCCUCCUGGAUUCCCACUAAACGUUCCUUGAUCUCGCCGCUCGCCGGGGUCGGUAAUUUCACGCGUGUUGCGAAGGCCUCUCGGACGGCCUUGUUGGUGCUCGUGUCCCAGAUCUGUACAGUACCUUUACUUCCACCUAC